GUUGGACCAACAUUGCCCCAUGCCGAAGCUGAGGCGCAGCAGCAGCUCUGGAGCAGACGGUCAUUUCCGACAACUCCGUAUGGACCUGACGUCUGAAUACGCUUGAUGUUUUACAAAGGGACGAUUGCAGACCUUUUUAGAGGAUGGGGGAACCCUGUGACCUUCAACACGUCGUAAAACAGGAAGGGAGUGGUGCUUCGGUAAAAGUGGAGGGCCUGUCUAAGUCAGCCUUAAUAAAAAGUUUGUCACCGAGAGUCAUGUUAUCCAACCAUCUCUUACCAAAAGGGACCAAGAUGAGGGUCAAUCUAGAAGAUCAGGGUCGUCAGAAAGUGUCCUUCACCUUCUCGCAGACAAAAAAGCCUCUUCAGAAUUCGUUCUUCGUUUCUGCCAAUCCUGAUACAACUGUCGCUGAACCUCCCUCCACCUUGUCGCAGUCAACCUUGGAUAAAGGGGGAAAGAAUAUAAAGAGCAAAACUGAGCAAAAGCGGACAUCAAUACCAACUUCUACUCCAGAGACAAUUUCUCAGACUUUCUAUUCAACUCGACUCAAAACGAACUUGGCCAAGAUGCAUUUUAAGAAGCAGAUUCUUAGUGUGUCUGUGUCUGAAGAGAAACAAACACCUGUUGCACCAGAAGAGCUUCACACCUCUGAAUUGGUUUCACCAACGUCAACAGCUAAGAACGACGUUGAAUUCCCAUCGCCACAGCCUCAGGAUGCCACCAACGUCUGUCCCUCGGAAAAUGUUCACACUCAGGCCUCUGAGACAGCGGAAGACCCCAGCCUAAAGAAAUCUCCUGUUUCAACUUUAAAAGACGCUGAUAAUUCCAGCAGUACUGAUCAAGAUAAUAGUGUUUACAAAAGGAAAACCAGGUCACAGUCGGAUAUUGCUCGUCCUUGCUCAGAAACCGAGGCCCACGCGUCUUCCAACCGUAAAUCAGAUUCAAAAAGUAAAACAAACUCGGACAGCAGAAGCAAAGAUGUGAAGAGUUCUUCCUCAAAUUCACGCUCUGGAGGUAAAGAAAAGAAUUCCUCCAAGCGUUCAGAGAAUCACGAAAACUCUUCUAGUUACUCCAAACCAGAGCGUGACUCUAGAAACACAUCCUCACGCUCAUCUCGAUCAGACUGGGAUCGCAGAAGGUCCAAGUCUAGGUCACGGUCUAGAUCCAGAGGGUCUCGAACAACUUCAUCUCACUCCAGAUCAGAGAGAUCCAGAUGUGACAGAGGAUCUCGUUCUGAAAGGUCGUACUACCACGAAUCUGAUCGACGUUCACACAGGAGUUCUCCACGUAGAGAGAGAAGACGCUCUCGUUCUCGCACCGACCGGACUCGAUAUAGUUCCGACUCCGAAGAUGACCACAGGAAGAUGAGGACGAGAGCAAGUGCCAGCAGCAGGUCAUCCAACUACUCAAGCUCCACUAAAGCCUCACAACCCUCUUCCUACUCAAAACCAGAGAAAUCCUCUAAAUCUGGAGAGUCUCCGCACUCCUCUGAGUAUGAAAAGAGAACUUCGAAGUCUGAAAGGACAUCAAAACGUUUAUCAGAGUCUGAUUCCCAACACAAGCGCUCUCCAGAUUUGGACUCUAGUUAUCGCAAAUCAAGCAGCCAUCAUAAGUCUGAGACCAACACCAAAUCAUCUUCUUCCAGCAUGCAUACUGUAUCUCAAACACACGACAAGCACCGAAAAACCAACUCCAGUGACUCUGAGGCAGAUUAUAAGUCAAAGUCACAACCGUCUGACAAAACCACGGGUUCUUCGGACAAAUGUAAAGACUCUCAAGAGAAAACCAGAAGGCCAGAUUCAACAGAGAGAACCCCCUCUAAGUCUUUGGUGAAAUCCCCAAAACACGAUAGACAAUCAAUGGACAUGUUUCACAGUCCUGACAAAGCACUGACGAGUGCAACCAGCACAGAAUCAAGUUCUCAGAGUGAAAGAGAAAAGUCUGAUUCACAGCAAGGCGCCAGUGAAGACACUGAUCAGGAUAAUAAGGAGACAGUAACUCCCGCUGACGAGAGUUUGCAAGAGUCUUUAUCCGAGGCCAAGCAAGAAACAAAAUCAGGACUUGAAAAAGAAAAUAAUUCCUCAGCUACAGCUUCAAUUGAGAACCUAAACUGUGCAAGUGUCACUCUUGAAGAUUUUAAUGUGAAUGGUGGUUGUUUCUCAAAUAAUCCACCACAUGUGAACCUGAAUGCAGCUAGCACGAAUUUAAGUGAAAGUGAUGAUAGUUUAACCUGCAAAGAGGAAAAGAAUUCUCCAGACUGUCCAGAUAUGCCAGAAUCUUCUCUGGAUGCAUUAGAUAUAUGUGUCACACCUGAUGUCCAGCAAACCACUAAACCAGAAACCGCUGAGCCUGAAACUGUUUUGUGUGUUGAAAAGCAAUCAGACACUUGCACGUCACCCAAAUCAGAUUCUUUGUGUCUCGAAACUGAAAACGAGCCAACGAAAGGACAGCAAAAUGAAAGUGAUGUUAAAAAGAUUGGCUCUACCUCCAGGAAGUCUCGGUGGGACAUCGUUGGGCAAGACGCGUGUGAGAGUGAGAGUCCAAACAAAGCUGCUUGUGCAGAAAGUAAGCCUACAGUGAAACAAGUGAUAUCUGUUAAAAAGACAAACAUUUCUAAUGACAGCUGCCAACAAGAGGCUAAAAGUAAUGACAACAUGCAGCCAGGAGAUUUCACACAUUCCACACCAAUUAACAAGACUGAGCAGUCCAAGCAGGAAGUCUGCUCGGACAGCUCACCUGUGAUCUGUAAGAACGACGACCAAAGUGAAACUUCACAAGCAAGCAUCAGCACUGACCUCUUAAAACUUACUGCUUCUCCACAACCAAACACAGAUGAGCCUCUGCACCUCAAGGACACAUCAUCUCAAAUUGACUCAGCUGCAGACGCACAAAACCAGAGCAGGGAUGCUGAUGACAACAAAUCCAGGGAGAACGCAUGCAGGAGAAAAUUGAGCCAAAUGCCACCAGUCACCCAGGAUCUGUUGGCAAUACCCAGUGAUGCCAGCGACAGCGACAACUCGGCGUAUGAUUCGGAUUGUGACAAGGCUAUAAAACAGUUUCACUCUGUAGUAGUGGUACCAAAGCAUUCUUCCCUGGCAAAAGAAGCUGACAGAGGCAGUUCUCCACACACUCCUGAAAUUGCUCCCCACCUGCCUGAAGCUCACGUAACAGGCGAUGUGCAUUUAGGUCAAAUCCCAAACCAAGUUAUCUCACAGCAAGCACAACCCACAACAUGGACUAGUUCAAGUGACACGCUCAACAGCAGUGUGUUGUGUCAGUCCCAGAGCAAUAUGAUUGAUAGCACAAGUCACUCGGAGGGUUCCAGCUCUGUCGGCACCCAGCCUCUUACCAGUGCAACACAUUCUGCCCUCUCACUCGAUACAUCCAAACAGUGCGAACAAAGCCUCAAACAACACGAUGUGAGGAGCCAAGGUAACCAGAUAAACUUGCAUUACCAGCAGGAAGAUUUCUCAAAGUCCAAUAUCAGUGAUGAGAUUGGUUUCAGUCUGAGCUGGGAUUUUUCACAACCAGAGCAACCCACCAGCACAUGCCAGCAGCCUGACAGCAGCCACGGGCUACAAUUAAACACCAACCUAACAGGAGCCCUUUGUAAAGAACAAGAGCCCAGACUGCGCAUCGCUUCCUCUACAUACCAAUCCCCAAACACGCAAAGCAACACAAUACUCUACCUCCACCCACAUGAUCAAGAGCCUUUUAGUGAAAUCCAUCCUGAUUCCCUCACUAAUGACCAUGAUGACUACAGUGAGAACAAAUCAUCAGCAAGUCUUAGUAAAUCGAAUGUUGAAUGCAGCACACUUAACACUCCAGGGUCAUCGAGCUUUGUGCAAGGUCACGAAAUAAGCAGCAACAGUAGAGGCCCUGCUGUACCUGAUCCCCCUCGAGAGAGCAGUUCAAGACCCCACAGAGGCAGAGGUCCUCCCAAGAAACGGCGUCCAGAAAUUGAGUCGGACUCUGACAAUGAGGCAGAAGCUGGACCUUCAAGCAAAAAGGAGCGUCAGGGAGAUGCUUCUGUGUCUAAGGACGUUUCAGGAAAAACUGAUGUGCGCAGACCUUUGCUCACUCUGCAGGAGUUUCAAGAUGCCAGCAGAUGGAAAGAGUUUUCUAAGACCAAAAAGAUGCCCCCUUACUUUGACUUGAUUGAGGAGAACCUCUACUUGACUGAGAGGAAGAAAAGCAAAUCUCAUCGAGACAUCAAGAGGAUGCAAUGUGAGUGCCCAGUUCUUUCACGAGAAGACCGCGCUAAAGGAGUGAUGGCCUGUGGGGAAGACUGUUUGAAUCGACUCCUCAUGAUUGAAUGCUCAUCACGGUGCAUGAAUGGAGCAUACUGCUCUAACCGCCGCUUCCAAAUGAAACAGCACGCAGAUUUUGAGGUUAUCCUUACCGAAGACAAAGGAUGGGGACUGAUCGCAGCUAAAGAAAUGCCUGCAAACACAUUUGUCCUGGAAUACUGUGGGGAGGUGUUGGACCACAAGGAGUUCAAAACGAGGGUUAAAGAAUACGCUCGCAACAAGAAUAUCCACUACUAUUUUAUGGCUCUAAAGAAUAAUGAGAUUAUUGACGCAACGCUGAAAGGAAACUGUUCUCGGUUCAUGAACCACAGCUGUGAGCCCAACUGUGAGACCCAAAAGUGGACUGUUAAUGGCCAGCUGCGAGUUGGGUUCUUCACCACCAAGACUGUCGGUGCAGGAACUGAACUGACCUUUGACUACCAGUUUCAGAGAUAUGGGAAAGAAGCACAGAAAUGCUUCUGUGGAGCGCCCAGCUGCAGAGGCUUCCUUGGUGGGGAGAACAGAGUCAGUGUUCGAGCAGCUGGGGGGAAGAUGAAGAAAGAUCGCAGUCGAAAGAGUGCUUUGACCACGGUGGAUGAGGAGCUGGAGGCGUUACUGGAGAAUGGAGAAGGCCUGUAUGACGAGAAACAGGUGGUGUCUCUCUGCAGGCUAAUGGUCCGCGUGGAAACCAUGGAGCAGAAACUCCUCUGUCUCAAGCUCAUUCAGGACACGCAGAAUCCAUCAUGCUUGAAGCAGUUCUUAGACCAUCACGGGCUCUCUUUGUUAUGGAUCUUCAUGGUGGAGCUUUCUGAAGCUAAAGGCAACAGUGCCAACAACAUCAAACUCCAGAUAGAGAUUAUGAAGACUCUAGCUGUGCUCCCCAUCUCCACAAAGAACAUGCUGGAGGAGAGCAAAGUCCUGACUCUGAUUCAGCGGUGGGCUCAGACGAAAACUCUCCCCCAGCAGACCGAGAUGGAUGGCUACUCCAGCGAGAACACGUCUCGAGCCCAAACCCCGCUCAACACUCCUGAUGGUUCCUCCACCAAACUGGCACCGGAAAUGGAAGGUGAUGCGUCCAAACCUGCUGUGUAUCGCCGUCUUAAAAUCAUUAGCGAAAACAGCCUGGACAGCGCUCUUUCUGAUGCAAGCAAGGCAUCUGCUGGAAAGGAGGAAGAGGAGGACAAUGAUGAGGAGGAGGAAGAGGAUGAAAAGUCGCACACCGAUUCUUCUGAUGGAAAGCCAUUGAAAGAAGAACAUUUAGAUGAAGCUGCUAAUGCAGUGAAGGAGUCGGAGGAGGACUCUGUGAAAGAGAUCAUUCCAGAUGAACAGGAAACAAUGGAGACAGGUUCAAUCAGUCAACAGCACCUUGAAAAUGUGGACGUUGAGGACAAAAAUGACUUUAAUGUUGAAAACAAGGAAACGGAAAUGAAAGAGGUCACAGCAGAGGGUCCAACAGAUGAAGUUGAGGGGUCAAAAGUAACUUGUGAAGAGCAGGCGAGUGUUGAGAAUCAGCAAAGCCAAACGGUACCAGAAGAAAAUAGUUUGGAAGAAGGCUCAUCCACUAAUCAAAACAACGAUUCAGAAAGUCCGUCCAGUCAAACAAGUGGUGCUGAUGUUCCAAAUGAGCAGCCUUCAGAGACUACAGAAACACACGAAGAGACACAAGAGGCAGAGACACAUCCUCCGAGCAGUGAAGCACAACUCGGGGAAUCUACCACCUAUGCUCCCCUGAGCUCAGAGGCACCAGAGGUCACCAUCUCCUCAGAGGUCACCAUCUCCUCAGAGGUCACGGCGAUGCAGGUCGAGCCGUCAGUGAUGGGAACUCCCUCUCAGGAAGAGGAGGAAGGUGUCUCGGAUGUGGAAAGUGAGAGGAGUCAGGAGCCCCAGCUCAGUGUUUUGGACAUAGGUGGGAUGGCUGCCAGGCUUUUGGAAAGCUGGAAGGAUCUGAAGGAGGUGUACAGGAUACCUAAAAAGGUCCAAGUAGAAAAGGAAGCGAGAGAUCGCAGCCGUGAUCGAGACACAGCUCUGACGCCACGCAACACCUCUGGCAGCCGGGAACGCGAAAGAGAGCGAGAGAAGGAGCGAGAGCGUGACAGAGACCGAGAUUACGAUCGAGACUGGGACAGGGAGCGAGACCGCGAUCGAGCCUCGGAAAAAACUCCUCGCAGCUCUGAACGACGGAGAAGACGCUCCCCGUCUCCGCCACCCAUAUCCUACGAGAGAAGCAGCCGGCGCUCUGAUGAAAGGUUUGAUCCAUCAAACGGCAAGAUGCAGAGAGGAGCUGGGGGCAAGGAGCGUAACAAGCUGUCCACAGAGGAGCGUAGGAAGCUGUUUGAACAGGAAGUUGCUCAGCAGGAAGCGCAGAAGCAACAGCAGCUUCAACAGCAACAACAGCAGCAGCUUCAAACUAUGGCUUAUGAUCCUGCUCUUUACGCCUCCAGCCCCGGCUUCAUCACCUACCCUCCUGGUUACCCCAUACAGACUUUUGUGGAUCCCACUAACCCCAAUGCAGGCAAAGUCCUUCUUCCCACCCCUCCUGUUGAUUCCACCCUCAGCUAUGAACAGACUUCUCCUCAGCUUCUCGUCUCAGACCUGAGCCUCCCGUCUCCAUCGUCCACGUCCCAGAUUACUCCAGUCUCUAAUCUCUCUCAGCACAUCACCACCACAAACCUCACCACUGGCAACCCCCAGCAGUUUGUCCAGCCAGCCGUAGUUCCCCAGGAGGCAGGAGUAUCUGUCCUCUCUGUUCCAGCACAAUCAGCCCCUCAGGUACAGGGCCAGCAGAGCUACACCACUCUCUGGGAUCCCACCACCCAGCAGGCAGUGACGGUGCAGACUCAGCCAGCACAGCAGUACGCCUCAGCUCCAGGACAAGCUCAGACACAGACAGCCAUCUAUUACCAGGGCCAGCCGUGUCAGACCAUCUACAGCAUCCCUGCUGCCUAUCCCCAGACCAAUACUCCUGUCAUACAGGCCUACGCAGAGCCCACUGCCAGCUACCUGCACGGGCAGCCGGUGUAUCCUGGUCAUCAACAGGGAGUGGUGGUGCAGCAGGGAGGCACAGUCACCACUAUUGUCACAUCCCAAACUGUUCAGCAGGAAAUGAUUGUACCCAACAAUGUGAUCGACCUCCCUCCUCCGUCUCCCCCUAAACCCAAAACCAUCAUCCUACCUCCCAACUGGAAAGUGGCCCGGGACCCAGAAGGCAAAAUCUACUACUACCAUAUCGUCACAAGGCAAACUCAGUGGGACCCACCCACGUGGGAAGGAAGCAGCGACGGUACAAGCGUGGACCACGAGUCUGAGAUGGAUCUGGGAACUCCCACCUAUGAUGAGAAUCCUUCUAAGUUCUCCACAAAAACAGCUGAAGCAGACACUUCCAGUGAACUGGCUAAGAAAAGUAAAGAAACAUUUAGGAAAGAGAUGUCCCAGUUCAUUGUGCACUGUCUGAAUCCUUAUCGGAAGCCAGACUGCAAAUCUGGACGCAUCAGCAACACGGAAGAUUUUAAACACCUGGCUAGGAAGCUCACUCACGGAGUCAUGAACAAGGAGCUGAAGGCUUGCAAGAACCCCGAGGACCUCGAGUGCAACGAGAACGUGAAGCACAAGACCAAGGAGUACAUCAAGAAGUACAUGCAGAGGUUCGGCUCCGUGUACCGGCCCAAAGAGGACACGGACUUUUACUGACCUGUUUGAGACACUGAUGUGGACUCACCGGAAAGAAGCACGCGCCUGCCUUUCCAUUCACUUCUUCAUGUCCGCUCUGGCCAGCCUGACCACUGAAGAGUUUUUUU